AUGCGGCUGGCGGGCCGGUACGGUGCGGUGCUGAGCGGCUUGGCAUUGGGCCUGCUCGGCCUGUUUCUGUUGCAUGGCCUGGGUGCUGGGCCUGGGAUGGGGCUUGGGGAGGGGCGGCAGCAGCUGGAGGAGAUUGCAGACGCAGAGCAACAGCGCGAUCUGUCUGAGCGCUUGCUUAACACGAGCAGCUCCACCAAGAUUGCCCUCCUGGCAGAUACUAAAAUUUCAGAUGGCCACCUUUCUCAACCACAAGGAGACUUCCACAUUGAGUUCCACACACUCGAGCUUCUUUGCGGGUGCCUCUCAAAACUUCAAAGUCGCCUGCGUGAAUUGGAGCGCCGCGUGGACCAUGUCGUUUGGCUCCGACAGCCAGCCUAUGCAGCGUCUUUUGAUGCCUGUCGCUUCAAGGUGGCAGCGCAUCUCAAGCAUUCAAUCACUCCCUGGACCUAUCUCGUCUCUGACCUUGCUGCUCGGCACUGGCCACAAACCGUGUCCGAGGUGACUUUGCUCCGCAGCGCCGCGGUGCAUGCAACCCACCACAAGCUUUGUGUGGCCUUUUCUGAUGAUGGUUGGCUCAAGUCCUGGGUACCUCCCAUGUACCAGCUCAACCGACAGCCUGGCGCGGCCCUCUAUGUCGCCGACAAUCUGGAUUUGUGUGGUCGGGGCGUACACACCUGCGCACACAAUGCCCGCUGCAUCCCUCAGCCCGUUGGCAGUUACUCGUGUGAAUGCCAAGCCGGGUUUGUGGGCAAUGGACAAUCCUGCCUGCCAGUGUAUGGCGUGUCAGAACAGCCGGCGAGCAACUUUUGGGAUGAAAGACGGUGGCGAUCUCGCGUUGCUACUUCGCGACAAGGCGUGUUAAAAAAGGCCGUCGCCGACCCGGGCACGUGGGUGCGCUUCACCAAUGAAGAGGACCAGGGCAUGUUUGUACGCGACUUUGACUAUUGCCGAUAUCAAGGGCAGGGCUGUCCAUUGCAGGCCUCGUGCCAGCAGCAAGGCCCAGGCCGGUGGGCUUGUACUUGCGACGAUCCAGGUGCCGACCUUGUUUGGGUAGAUCCACACAAAGGCAACAAACUGCCCUAUCAGGUUGGCGCUCGAGGUGCAGGUGUGAAAGGAACAUAAAGUGAAACCCAAGGAAGCAGUUGUCAUGCUUUACCACCUUGGCCUGUUGUUGCGAAUAGAUUUGCCAGGCAGCACCAGCGCUGUCGGAGCUCAACGUGGCCCUUUUGGUGGAUGAUCAGCAAGUCCCGGGUAUUGCACCGCUCAUUAGAUCCAUGUUGGGCAGCACCCGUUGGCCGCAGUUGUUACGCGUGUGGAUAUUUGUGGAUACGGCCAAGACGUACCAGGCCGUGAUUGAUGCUUUACGCUGCUACAAUUUACAAUCCGCUGAGCGACCCGCAGCGCAUGUUAUCGGGCUGCAGCGUUUUCAGCUGGACGCGCGGCUUCAAGAUCUUAUUCGCGUG